UGGAGCGUCAAUCUGAACCGGGGUUCUUUCAUAGAGAAAAAUAUUUCCUAUAACAAUUAAGAAAAUGAUCGUACGAUUAAAAAUUAAUAGGCAUUGGUACAUAUGUAUAUUUGAAUAUAUAUUAUAACUAUUUUACAACAAUAAAUGCGUUUGCCAGUCGGAAAGUAACGCGAAAAGCUAUUGAGCUCAAAUGACGUAUCCUCAGACAGUGGUUCUCAAUUGUAUUUAGAGAUGCGAGAAGCAUCAAUGGUGGACGGGAAAGCGACGGUAGCCCGGUUGCACUGAAAUGACAACAAGUGAUUGAUAUUAUUAACGGUGGUAUAAUGUGAGGUGCAAGAGGAAAGAUAGACCGGCGCGAACGGGAGCGCACUUUGUUGGUAAGUAGUCCGACAAAGCAUCCCGUUCGUGGAUAUGAUUGCGCGUUCGGGACUUUCAUUCAAGGUGUAGGAAAAAUUCCUUACCGAACCAACCAUCGGUGAGCGCAGGUUAUGUGAGGCCACGAAACGCGUCGUUACUAGCCGUUUUUCCUCGAACACCGGCCAGGAUGGGCCAGGGUACAGACACCUGCACAGACAGGCCCACCGAAGUCAGCGUCAUCAGAUUCGUAUCGAGGAAUCGCACUAUCGAGGAAAUAGCUCCAAAAAAGGAAAUAUAUACAUGCAAACAACGAGGUUGUGGCAAGAUAUUUACAAAUCAAGACGAAUACAAAACACACGAAGCUCUUGAAGCUUUAAAAAUCAGAUUUAUCUGCCGGGAACCAGGAUGCGGAGAAGAAUUAUCUGAUCCUGGAAGCAUGUGGCGUCAUUAUCAAGAAUGGCAUAACAAUGAAACAAAUGUAUUUAUAUGUCCAUAUACAAAUUGCGGGUCUUUACAUACAACCAGUAGUAAUUUAGAGGAACAUAUCGAAAGCUGUCACAGACAGCCACCAACACUGCCAACUGAACCAGAAGUUAUAUGCUUCGAAGAUCUAGAAAAUGCAAUGGACGAAGAAGUUGUACAAAGCACGGAGGACUGCUAUGAGAAAAGACAGAAUGAAACUUUUGCAAUAAAGUCACACCAAUACGAUGAUAAUAGCGAACAAAGUAUUCACAGAAAUGACAAUAUUCAACAACAAAAGAAAGAAGCCCCGCAUGAUCAGAAUGCUCCAAAUGAUAGCGCGAACAAAGAAGAUUACUCUUCUACUACUGAGUCGUUAAAUGAAGCCAGUGGAUUUCCUAUCACUGACAAUCUAAUGAUAAAUACAGAUAAUUUCUUAUGCAAGUAUGAGGGCAAUACAAACAAGUGUUCAGAACUUCAAAUAGAACAUUCCCAAGAAAAAAAUAAUGUAGUUUAUGUAAAUGGAGAUAUUACGAUUACGAAAAAUUUAAAAAAUGAGGUAUGUACCAUGAGCUCAAGAAAUCAAGAACACAGAAUAGAAUUGGAUAAUCUUGAACGAAUCUUUAGAAACGAUUUAAACCGUGAUGCUUCAAAAAAUGAAGAAAAUACUAUAGAAACGAACAGUAACUGUUCUGAUGAUGAAGAAUACACUCCAAAGAAACAGCGUAUGUCUAGAUACAAACAAGAAAUCUAUAAAUGUGCUACCAAUGGCUGUGGGAGAAAGUAUAAAUAUAUAUCCCACUAUCGUCAUCAUCAAGACAGUCAUAAAUUAGUAGCCAAUACAAUUAGUUCAAAUUCUAGUAAAUCAAUAGUGAAAUUAAAACAAGGGAAAGCUUCGACAGUCAGUUUCUUCUUAUGCAAGAUUCCUGGUUGCGGGGCACAAGUGAGCAAUGUAACUGGUUUAUGGAAGCAUUACCAGGACAAUCAUGCUAAUUCAAAACUGCCAGUAGUACAAGGAACUAAAAAUAAUGAAAUAUUCCGAUGCAAGAUUCCAGGAUGCGAAACAGAAUUCAGUACAACUGUAAUGCUGUGUAAACACUUCAGUGAAGUGCAUUCAAAUGGUUCUGGCAAUAAUGCUAGCACAAACACAAAGACUGGAAAUGGGAGUAGUUUUCAUUAUACUGAAAUGUUCAAAGAUGAUACUACCAACCCCCAAGUAAAUUUUAAGACUGACUUUAAGGCAAAACAUAAUAUUAAUGUAAAUGACUGUACGAAAAACGCAGAUGAACAAAGAUUAUCAUCAAUCGUUAAGAAAGAAACCAGAGAAUGAUUCACGAUGAAUUAUUGACUUUAAUUGUGAAGAUAAAUAAUUGUAGCAGUAUAAAUUAGAGUAUUUUACUGGGGCCGUAAGCAUUCGGUUUGAAAAAUAUUAUUGUUCCUUUCUCUUCACGAGCUUUUCUGCUCCUUUUUUAUUUUUUAACCCCUUGGCUAGUCACUGUUCAUUACGCUUUUAUUACUAUUUUGAGUGCAACGACCCUCGUUUAAUACUCGCAUUUUUAUGACUCUAUUUCUGAAUACUAGAGAUUUGGAAUAGAGAGGAAACUUCUGAGUCGUUUUUCAAUGACUUCUAAUUAUCCAAAUAUAAAUGAAAGCUUUAUAUAAUACAUAGCAAUUUUCUAACUUGAUACAUUACCUGAAAAAAGUAUUACAUUCUUUUCUAUGUUUCGUAUUUAAAAAUUCUGUAGACUCUACUUAAUACCUGCCUUUUGAGUAAUAGUAUCAUAUUUAAAAUAUAUUGUAAGUAAAAGAAAAAGAACAAAAUAAAAAUGUGAAAAGCAACUCAGACAGAUUUAAAAUGUUAAAUCUCAAUUGAAUACUCGACGAAUGCAACCAUAAAUACAGUUUAGUAGAUUGAAAAAUCUGGUGUGGUAAACUUAAAAAUAAAGUGCAAAGAAAAGGAUGGACUUGCAGCAGCAAAUUUGUGCGCAUGUUAUAUAAAAAUUCUUGACUUUCCAUACUGAUUUUUACUAUUUUAUAUUAUUGUAUUAUUUUAAUGUAAUUUAUAUUACACGU